AUGAAUUCAGCUUGUGUUGGUAUUUGUGAUGCGGAAGGGAGGGGAGGGUCGUCGAUGGCUGAGGAGGCUGUGGGAACAUCCAUGGUGGGGGAAUGGGGUUGGGUUGGUGGAACGGGAGAAAAUCUGGGAAGAUUGAUGCACGGUGGUAGGUUUGCUCGCAGUUUGCAGAUUUUGCAAUUCUUAGACUUGGGUUUCUGCUUCGCAAGUGCCAUGGUGGUUUGCGGUGAAGGUGGCUUCACUAUGGGGAAGUUGUUUCGAAGGAGAAACAAUGAUGGAAGGAGAGGAAUAAUGGUAGGUGUGAAAGAGGGUUUGAUUUGGGAGCAGGGUGUCUCUGUCACAGUGAUCACCACACUCCAAAAUGCAUCCCGUUUCAAAUCAACUUUUGCCCAUUCCAUUGAUUUAGGGUCUCAAAUCAAACUACUUGAAAUCCAAUUCCCAUAUCAAGAAGCUGGAUUGCCAGAAGGGUGUGAGAAUCUUGACAUGUUACCUUCACUGGGCGCUGGCUUGGAUUUCUUCAAUGCUGCCAACAGCAACACCCAAAAGGAGCAAGUAGAGAAACUCUUGGAAGAUCUAACGCCCCCACCAAGCUGCAUAGUUUCAGACAUGUGUUUACAUUAUACAGCCACCAUUGCUACCAGAUUCAACAUCCCCAGUAUCUCUUUCUUGGGACAAAGUUGCUUCAGUCUCUUCUGUAUGUACAGCCUGGGAAAAUCCAGACUUCUCUCAGGCAUAACGUCGAACACUGAGUACUUCGUUUUGCCUGGUUUGCCCGACAAGGUUGAGAUGACCAAAGCACAACUUCCAGCGCAAAAAACAGAUGCUGAAUGGAGAAAAUUUUAUGCCAGAACAGGUGCAGCUGAAGGGGUUUCUUAUGGGGUGGUAAUGAAUUCCUUUGAGGAGUUGGAAGCGGAUUAUGCCAGCGCUUACAAGAAGGCCAGAAAGGGUAGAGUGUGGUGUAUUGGUCCUGUUUCACUGAGCAAUUUUGAAAUAGGCUCCCAAAUCAAACCCUAA